AGAUCUGAUGCCACGAUGAGGACUCACACACGGGGGGCUCCCAGUGUGUUUUUCAUAUAUUUGUUUUGCUUUGUGUCAGCCUACGUCACCGACGAGAACCCAGAAGUCAUGAUUCCCUUCACCAAUGCCCACUACGACAGCCACCCGAUGCUGUUCUUCUCCAGGGACGAGGUGGCGGAGCUCCAGCUCAGGGCUGCGGGCUCCCAUGAGCACAUUGCCGCCCGGCUUACCGAGGCCGUGCACACCAUGCUGUCCAGCCCCUUGGAGUACCUCCCUCCCUGGGACCCCAAGGACUACAGCGCCCGCUGGAAUGAAAUUUACGGCAACAACUUGGGCGCCUUGGCAAUGUUCUGUGUGCUGUAUCCUGAAAACAUUGAAGCUCGAGACAUGGCCAAAGACUACAUGGAGAGGAUGGCAGCUCAGCCUAGUUGGCUGGUGAAAGACGCUCCUUGGGAUGAAGUCCCGCUUGCUCACUCCCUGGUUGGUUUUGCCACUGCCUAUGACUUCUUGUACAACUACUUGAGUAAGACACAGCAGGAGAAGUUUCUUGAAGUGAUUGCCAAUGUCUCGGGAUAUAUGUAUGAAACUUCAUACCGAAGAGGAUGGGGAUUUCAGUACCUCCACAAUCACCAACCCACCAACUGCAUGGCCUUGCUCACGGGAAGCCUAGUUCUGAUGAAUCAAGGGUAUCUCCAAGAAGCAUACUUAUGGACCAAACAAGUUCUGACCAUCAUGGAGAAGUCUCUGGUCCUGCUCCGAGAGGUGACAGAUGGCUCCCUCUAUGAAGGAGUUGCCUAUGGCAGCUACACCACUCGAUCCCUCUUCCAGUAUAUGUUUCUCGUUCAGAGGCACUUUGAUAUCAACCACUUUGGCCACCCAUGGCUGAAACAACACUUUGCGUUUAUGUAUAGAACCAUCCUACCAGGGUUUCAAAGAACUGUGGCUAUUGCAGACUCCAAUUACAACUGGUUUUAUGGUCCAGAAAGCCAAUUAGUGUUCCUGGAUAAAUUUGUCAUGCGUAAUGGCAGUGGUAACUGGCUGGCUGACCAAAUCAGGAGGAACCGUGUGGUGGAAGGUCCAGGAACACCAUCCAAAGGCCAGCGUUGGUGCACUCUUCACACGGAAUUUCUCUGGUAUGAUGCCAGCUUGAAAUCUGUUCCUCCUCCGGAUUUUGGCACCCCUACGUUGCAUUAUUUUGAAGACUGGGGUGUUGUGACUUACGGAAGUGCCCUGCCUGCAGAAAUCAAUAGAUCGUUUCUUUCCUUCAAGUCAGGAAAACUGGGGGGCCGUGCAAUAUAUGACAUUGUCCACAGAAACAAAUACAAAGAUUGGAUCAAAGGAUGGAGAAAUUUUAAUGCCGGGCACGAGCAUCCUGAUCAAAACUCAUUUACUUUUGCUCCCAAUGGUGUGCCUUUCAUCACUGAGGCUCUCUAUGGGCCAAAGUACACCUUCUUCAACAAUGUUUUGAUGUUUUCCCCAGCUGUGUCAAAGAGCUGCUUUUCUCCCUGGGAGGGUCAGGUCACGGAAGACUGCUCAUCGAAAUGGUCUAAAUACAAGCAUGACCUGGCCGCCAGCUGCCAGGGGAGAGUGGUUGCAGCAGUGGAGAAAAAUGGAGUGGUUUUCAUCCGAGGGGAAGGUGUGGGAGCUUAUAACCCCCAGCUUAAUCUGAGGAGCGUGCAGAGGAAUCUGAUCCUCCUUCAUCCACAGCUCCUUCUCCUCGUGGACCAAAUACACCUGGGAGAGGACAGCCCCUUGGAGACCGCCGCAAGCUUCUUCCACAAUGUGGAUGUUCCCUUUGAGGAAACAGUGGUAGAUGGGGUCCACGGGGCUUUUAUCAGGCAACGGGAUGGUCUGUACAAAAUGUACUGGAUGGAUGAUACCGGCUACAGUGAGAAAGCAACCUUUGCUUCAGUGACAUACCCUCGGGGCUAUCCCUACAACGGGACAAACUACGUGAAUGUCACCAUGCACCUCCGGAGUCCCAUCACCAGGACCGCUUACCUCUUUAUAGGGCCGUCUGUAGAUGUUCAGAGUUUCAGCAUCCACGGGGACUCCCAGCAACUGGAUGUGUUCGUAGCCACCAGCCAGCAUGCCUACGCCACUUACCUUUGGACAGGAGAGACCACGGGACAGUCUGCCUUUGCACAGGUCAUUGCAGAUCGUCAGAAAAUUCUGUUCGACCGGAGUUCAGCCAUCAAGAGCACCCCUGUGCCCGAGGUGAAGGACUACGCUGCUAUUGUGGAACAGAACCUGCAGCAUUUUAAGCCAGUGUUCCAGCUGCUGGAGAAGCAGAUCCUGUCUCGAGUCCGGAACACAGCUAGCUUUAGGAAGACCGCUGAGCGCCUGCUGAGAUUUUCAGACAAGAGGCAGACGGAGGAGGCCAUUGAUAGGAUUUUUGCCAUAUCGCAGCAGCAGCAGCAGCAGAGCAAGUCAAAGAAAAACCGAAGGGCAGGCAAACGCUAUAAAUUUGUGGACGCGGUCCCUGAUAUUUUUGCACAGAUUGAGGUCAAUGAAAAAAAGAUUCGACAGAAAGCUCAGAUUCUAGCACAGAAAGAACUGCCCAUAGAUGAAGAUGAAGAGAUGAAAGACCUUUUAGAUUUUGCAGAUGUAACGUAUGAGAAACACAAAAACGGGGGCUUGAUGAAAGGCCGGUUUGGACAGACGCGGAUGAUGACAACUCGCAGCAGAGCCCCUUCCGCUUCGUACACCAAACUAUUCCUGAUCCUGAACAUCGCUAUUUUCUUUGUCAUGUUGGCGAUGCAGCUGACUUAUUUCCAGAGGGCCCAGAGCCUGCACGGCCAAAGAUGCCUUUACGCAGUCCUUCUCAUAGACAGCUGUAUUUUACUGUGGUUGUACUCGUCCUGUUCCCAGUCACAGUGUUAGCGCUAAAGC